UUUGCCACCCAGUGAGCCGUCAUGUUUGAUCACAUAACACAUGAGUAUGAAGCAUUUACAGACAAGUGUUUCACAUAGUUAGUCAGAAUGUGACGAACGAAACUAUAAAAGACAUAAUCAGUGCAAUGGAGAACAAAAAUGCUCAUGGAGGAAAAGAGGGCAUUGUACUGUACACGCUCGAAGUUGAUCAAAAUAAUUGUGACGUGGAACAUGUGAUCGCAGACGUGGGGAUUAUGAGAGAGGCUUCCUGCGCAGAGGCUGUCUACUGUACUGCACAAUAACGGUUAAGGGGAAAAUCUUGCUGAGAGGGCAAUUUGUAUUCUGAUGAAAGAGGAUGUGUAUUUUUAGAACCCUCCUCAUCCAGACAGGAAAUGGGAUAGCGGGCUCCAUAAUGUUUCAUAUAAAAUACUUUCUCAAAUAUUUUCCUUUCCCUAGUGUUGCAUGCCGUUUCCCAAGCCCUUGGGUUGGAUAUUUUACACUUCUGUACAGAGUAGGAACACAGUGGGUAUUAUUGUUUCUAUAAUAAGCAUUUGACUCUUGCUGGGUUAUUCACUGUAAAGCUGAACAUUUUGAUUUAGGCUAGGUAAAAACAAAUCUUAUUUCCUUCAUUUACAAAAUGCAGAAAUACGUAGUUGUGUUUCAUACAAGGAUCACAAAGAGCAAACAACAUACUUGUUAUUUUUCACAUUUAUUAAAGGGAGCCUCCAUGUUCAGUUUCUAUGCUUAAUUUCAUGACCUCUUUGAACUAAAAUUAGACAUUGUGUUCUAUCUCAAAAUAAAAAGCACAUUAACUGCACUUAUUUCCAAAAGUGACCAUGAUGGCCUCCUGAAUCAUUCAGCUCUCUCUCUCUCACACACACACGCUCUCUCUCUCUCUCUCACUCUCACUCUCUCUCUCUCUCUCUCUCUCUCUCUCACUCUCUCUCUCUCUCUCUCUCUUGCCUGUUCUCUUAUCGACUGAAUAACUGUUUGUCAUUAAGCUCAUUCCGAUUUCAGCACUUGCUGAGCACGUUUGCUUGCUUCUCUUCAGAAACAUGAUUGAAAACAGGACAAGAAGGUUCAAAGGCUAAAAUAGCUGGAGUCUGAGUGCUCCUUUUAAGGAGGAUGGAGUUACAGACGGACGGGAAGUAAUCAGCUGUGUACGCCAGCGGGCGAAAAAAAUACUGCCUCGGAUUUGUGCUGCAGUGGGUCUGACCCCGGGGUUGUGUCAUUGCUGUGCACACACAGACUCGUCACCAUGGGAAAGCAGAACAGCAAGCUCAGGCCGGAGAUGCUACAGGACCUGAGGGAGAACACUGAGUUUUCAGACCAUGAGCUACAGGAGUGGUACAAGGGCUUCCUUAAAGACUGCCCAAGCGGCCACCUGAACGUGGAGGAGUUCAAGAAGAUAUAUGCCAACUUCUUUCCAUACGGUGAUGCCUCCAAGUUUGCGGAGCACGUUUUCCGCACAUUUGACACCAACAAUGAUGGCACCAUCGACUUCCGGGAGUUCAUCAUCGCUCUGAGUGUGACAUCACGGGGAAAGCUGGAUCAGAAGCUGAAAUGGGCGUUCAGCAUGUACGACCUGGAUGGCAAUGGGUACAUCAGUCGUGAUGAGAUGCUCGAGAUUGUACAGGCAAUCUAUAAGAUGGUGUCCUCUGUGAUGAAGAUGCCUGAGGACGAGUCCACACCAGAGAAGAGGACUGAUAAGAUCUUCAGACAAAUGGACUUGAACAAUGAUGGUAAGCUCUCUCUGGAGGAGUUCAUAAAAGGUGCCAAGAGCGAUCCGUCCAUCGUGCGGCUGCUGCAGUGCGACCCCAGCAGUGCCUCGCAGUUUUGAGUCCUUUAAGAAACAGCCGCUCUGUGCAUGAAGGUUCUCGUCUUUCAUUGUUAUUUGUGUUCCAGACGGAAGAGUUUUAAGAGAAAAGAAAAAGUACAUCAGUUUUACUUUUAGUUUCUUUGAGAAGGGGCACGCAUACACCCGAAGAACAAAGACAACACCCGCAAAGACGUCUUCUGUCUGCUGCGCUUCGUCUGUCCGUGUCUCUGAGACCUAUCGAGCGCUCGGCUCACGGUGUUUAGACACCGUACUCCAGGCUCCUGGUUUUGGGAAAGACCACUCCCUGGAUAUUGUGCAUGCACUCACACACACUCCUCCCUGCCCUCAGCUCUCUCUCUCAUCCUCACGUCUAGCUAUCCUGUUUGAAUUUUUUUAUCCUUCCUUUUUGUUUUCAUAUAGGUGUGUAUAUAUAUGCAUAUACACAGUAUAAACACUUAUAAAACAUAUUAGGAAGCUAGUGUAGAUGCCAUUUUACUCAGACAGUAUUAUGUAGCUCACGUAGGUAUCCAAAUCCAUAAAAAAAAAAAAAAAAAAAACCUCCAGCAGACGCAGUGGACUGAUGGUAGGAUUUGUUUGCUUAUGAAUAUUCAUAUAGUACGAGAAGGUUUUAGAUCCCAUCGUUUCAUUUUGUUUGAUUUGUACUUUGGUUUUGUACAUACGUACUGUUUCUAACAAGGUUAUUUAUUUGUUCUUUUUUUUUUCUUCUUUUCGCCCCGCAUGUGGUGUUUUAUCACGUUGUGAAACUUGUUUUCAUGUCUCUGAAGUCAUCAGUGUGGUGUAGUCUUCAGGUCUGCAGCAGUAAACCACUGGUGAUCUUACGCUGAAGCAAGAUUGAAUUUAACUGCUGAUCCGAGGUGUGCAGGAGGUCCUUGUGGCGUCAUUAUCAAGGAUUCGCAAAACUCGGAAGAAAUAUUUCAUGACCGUAGUAUUAUAAGAUUCUAUCUGCCGUUCCGUUUGAACCCAGAUCCGAAUCUUUAUCGUUCUGAAGUCGUGAUUUGCGUCCGGGGAAACGUUCCAUGGUGUUCGGAAUCAGACGCUUGUAGCACAUGCGAUUCGAGGCGCUCCGUGUGUGUGUGUGUGUGUGUGUGUGUGAAUGUGAGCGUGAUGUGCGCAUGAUUUCUGUGCAUGUGUGUGUACUAACUUUAUAGUAUCACUUCGUGUCGUUAAAUAAGGUAUGUUUUUGAGGUAAUACUGUGUUUUUGAGCCCCAGAUUAAGUGGCAAGUCCCCCUACCUCCUGUACGUCACAGGUCCAAUUUCAUUACGACAUCCAACCUGAAAUUUGAAAAUAUCCACAAAUCAGUUCCAUAAUCUGACUCACACCUACACUGAACUAACUAUUCUCAUAAAGUCGAUCCUUUAUAAAGUUGCCAACAGUUUUGUAUUCAUGCCGGAUAUUUCAAUUUGCCCAGGCUACUAACUCGGAUACUUUUGUUUUUCCUUCCAAUUUUUUAGCUACCUGCAACUGCAAGAUUUAUUUUUUUUUAUUGCAAUAUAUAUAUAUAUAUAAACACCAAGUACUCCCUAAAAUUGUCAUUUUAAAAUGCCAGAAAAGAAUGCGCAAUGAUUUAUGAUCACACCUCACUCUUUAAAAAAAAUUUGAUAUUUUUUCUUAAUCCAAAAAAAAAAAGAGAGGUUAUCACAGUGAGCGCUAGCUCUAAGGGCUUAUUUCCACUCUUGAUUGAAGGGGUGUAUGAAAAUAUCACUGCUUUCAUCUCUCUAUUUGGUGUCACAACAACUGAGAGAAAACUUCAUCUCCCCUCGGCAACGUUUCAAUCCGCCGCCUACGUUUUUGUGUAUGGUGAUGGAGCUUCGGUCGCUCUUGUAUCAUUACACUCCCAGCUUUUUGUCUAACUUUCCAAGACAUUGCUUCCAAAUUUGUACUGAGACUGUACGUGCUUCUGGACCCUUAUUGCAAUUUCUCUUUUAUGUUGCAUGAAAACUUCACGUGAAGACAUCAUGAUUGUCCCCUCCUUCUUUACUGAAAUUGAUGACAAAUAUAUGUACGUGUUUAAAACUUUGUCUGGAGGUGAUUUCUAUGAUGCCAAUUGCAUAGAAACAGAAAAGAGUUUGAGCAGUGUUAAUGUCUUCUGAUAGCUGAUUGGUCCAGGUCAUAGGGUUACAUCAUUUUACAGUAUGUGGUGAUGUGUUCUCAUGGGACAGACAGCUCACACACAUUAAUGAGAAGUUUAUUAAAACAGACAUCAGGAGCAAAAUUUAUUCACCUAAAAUAAAUACUUUAAUCUGUUUAGCAUGUCAGGGUUUUUUUUAGUUUUUUUGCACAUUAAAUUAAUUUUGAAAAAAAAAAAAAAA